AUGCAACUUCGUCUGAAACAUGUUGAUGUUGAGCAGAGUUGCCCUUAUUGCCCCUGUGAACCUGAAUCCAUCACACACUGCCUUAUCAACUGUCCCUUUGUUCAGAAUUGUUGGAGGAGAUCUGGGUUGGGUGUUGAAAGUCCUUUCUUUGGAUCGUUUGCCAUCUGGUUGGAUCAAAGCCUGAACAAUAAUGAUGAGGAUGGUAGACAAAAUAUUGCUUCUCUGUGUUGGGGCAUAUGGCGAACACGUAAUAACCUUGUGUGGCAUAAUAAAAAGGGGUCUCUAGCUUCAGUAAAUUUGUUGUCCAAGUCAAUGCUCAAUCAGUGGAUUCAGGCUCAAAACAAGGCUGAAGUGCCACUUGCUGCCUUCUUGACCAAUGCAGAUGGCGCAGACACCUGGCAGAAACCACUUGGUGAAGGUAUAAAAAUAAACGUGGAUGCAGCUAUCUUCUCCGAGAUGGGCACAUUCAGUUACGCUUGUAUUGCUAGAAAUGAAACAGGGCAUCCUAUUGAGGCAAUAACUAGUUGUAAACAGGGGUCAAUGUCUCCAGAACUAGCCGAGAUAAUGGGGAUUAGGGAGGCUUUAAGUUGGAUCAAAUAG